UCCCUCCACCGCUCCUUUUUAGUUCUAGAUCCUUCCACUGCUUUGACCGCUUCAACCUUCUACAUACGUCAUCCUUUUCCUUUCCACCUCCUUCUGUAUUUCGAUUAGGCUCCUCUCGAUCUGCUCGACCUCCGCCAUCAACAUGAAACUUUGUCGUCUCCGACUUCAUCGAUCUGUUGAAAAAAUUAAUCAAUGACGAGAUGAAAGAUCUAGAUAAAGAAGAUAGAGAAGAAACACGAAGGAAAUUGGUGGUGAUGACGUUUGUCAUAGUCGGAGAAAAACGGUGAUGGAGGGGAGCUGGUGACGCUGGCGCCAAAGUUGUGUCAACAGGUACCUGCGUUCCACUCAUAUUCACCUUGAUCAGAAAUGUACAGUUGUCUUCCAUCGUAUUCUCCUUCAAACCGUUUUCCCAUAGAUUAGGGUUCGGUUUUACUUUUAGCAAACAUCUCAGGUACCGCUACCCCGUUUUCCCACUUUCAAUUUCGAUUCGUUUUUUUGUGUUUCAUAUACUUCUGCCUCCUCAAUCUCCCAGUCAGUUGUUUACACAUUUCAUUAUACCCACCAAACCUCACUGUCGAUGCCCUCCAAACAACCUGCUUUGUCGCCUUCUUGCAUAACCCAGUUCGAAACAGAGGAGAUAUUGAAGAUGGGUUCCAAUCAACCGCCGGCAACUGCUGUACUUCACCCGUAGGUUCUUCUCGGGAAGCACAUCAAUGUCGUGGAUCAACAAAUUCACUCACGUCUACCUUGCCCGUUAAGCAAAGGUAACACAUCAAUGUGGUGGAUCAACAAAUUCGAUGAAUUUGACUUUUUGUUCCCGUUGUUUCUGUUGCAUGUGGUGGUUUCAGAUAAGAUACUAUUACAUUUAGUUAUUUUUAAAUCAAAUUUAUUCUGUUUUUAACCAGAUGUGGUAAAUAAUUCAAAUUCUUGGUUUACAUUUUAAUUUAUUACUUUUUUACCAUUCAAUAUAAAAAGUAAAUUGAUUACAGGCUAUGGUGGUGUUUGUUUGUUCAUACAACUGAAAAGAAGUGAUAAUUCGUUGUUUGCAAGUUUACAGAUAUUUUUGUGCAGUUCUUUGACCAGUGUCGGUGAACAUGCUUCGGUUGGAUAUGGAAUAGGUUCUAUUUACUAAUCUUUAUUGUCAAUUUCUAAUUUCCUUAAAAUGCUAUGUGAAAUUUGAAGUAACAAAUGGGUUUGACCUAUGAGAAACCUUCUCUGAUCUACCUUCAAUCAUGAACAAAUUGACUAGGCACACAAAAGAUGUCAUGGGUUUGAUCAACUGAUUUUGACUUUUCAUUGAAUGACCAGUACGUCGCAUCGCCUUCAUUGGAUAAAAUUGUGUGGGUUUAAUGAGCUUUGCAUUCGAGUAAUAUAUGGAGUUACUUCUCAGCUUUGUAUUCAUUUUCAUCCUAUAUUCAAUUUUAGCAGGGAAAGAUUAAUAAGUAAAACAGUUGUGGAAAGUGAGGCUGGUCCAGCCAUAAUUGCAGACGCCAUGAUUCGAGGUCUCCCCAUCAUUCUAAACGAUUACAUUGCUGACCAGGAAGCUGGAAAUGUACCCUAUGUAGUGAAAAAUGGAUAUGGGAAAUUUUCAAAGUCACCAAAAGAGAUUGCAGAAAUUGUUGGUCAAUGGUUUGGUCCAAAAGCACAUGAACUCAAGACUAUGAUAGGGCUUGAUCUGAAUUUAAACUAUCACAAAUCAGUCACAAACAUCAAAUAUUAAAACACAACAUAAAUUCAAUAUGGGCACAUAUCUAUUUCUUUCUGAGAAUUUUUUUAAGAAGACUCAAAAAGGAUAGAAGAACAAGAGGAUAACAUGAGCAAAAGCAGAUGAAAAGUCAACAUACCCAUAGUGUGUAAAUGAGGCUAAUUUUCGGUGUCGUUUUCGUGUUAUGCUCUGAUUUUUUCUAUGUUUUCAAAUGAUUCCUUAUUUAAUCAUUACACUUAAAUUCUCAAUAUGUGUUUUUGUUUGUCUGUGUAGCUUUAAGAAUCCAACAUAUGUGUUUUAAAAAGAGAAUAGAUCUCAGUUUACUUCUA